CGGCUCAAAACACAGCAACACUAAAAAAACAUAUGUUUCUAAUAGGCUAAAUAACAUAACAAAAUAUGGAAUUUUUACACGAGUCAAUUGCGCUGGGCGUCGAUUUACUAAUACUAGGUCUAUGUGCGCGGGAGUACGUGCACUACAAGCGCACUGCCCAGGUGCUCAAGGCGGCACCUCAAUACAACAUCGAUGGGGAUCUGAAAUCGGUGGUGGAGCGGCAGCAUGACAAGAAGAUACCCUAUGCGGUAAUCCGGGGAACAGUAACGCCCAUUGGGGUUCCCCUGAGGAGCAGCCUGGUGCCCAGUGUCAGCGGAGUCCUGCAGAUUGUGAAGCUGCAUGAGCACCGGAUAACCCGGGGAUUCGCUGGCUUCUGGACGGAGCAUCAUAAGCUGCUCCACGAGUCCGCCAACGAGAUGCCCUUUGAGUUGCGCAAUCAACAGCAUGGAGUUGAGAUUGUGGACGCACUGAGUGCCGCCGUUUUGGAUGUGGACAUGGUCUAUGACAACUACGAACCCUCCAGUCUCUCGCUCUUCGACCAUGUCUUUGGUUUCUUUUCUGGCGUCCGCCAGAGGGGAUUGCAAACCACCGAGGAGGUUCUCAGGGAGGGUAGCUUCCUGACCGCCAUUGGGGAACUGGAAUUGGAUGGCAAUACCCUAAGAAUGCAGCCUUCGAAAGAGGGACCCCUCUUCCUGACCACCGCCACAAAAUCGACGCUCAUCAAGCGGUUCGAAGAUGCCAAGGCGGCCACAAUACUGAAACUGGUUGUGUGCAGCACCAUCUCGGUCAUUUUGGUAGCCUUUAUUGCCAAGAAGAUCUACCGACGGAGGAAACAGGAGCGCGAGGAGGCCAAAAUACGAGAUCGCCUGGACACGGAACGUCGGGAGCGACGAGCGAGGAGUCGUCCUCACACUUUGUCCCAGGAUCAGCUUUGCGUGGUGUGCUCCACCAAUCCCAAAGAGAUAAUCCUACUUCCCUGUGGUCAUGUGUGUCUCUGCGAGGACUGCGCCCAGAAAAUCUCCAUAUCCUGCCCGGUGUGUCGUGGUAAUAUAGCCUCCAAGGCAGCCGCCUUCAUCGCCUAG